AUGCCGGCGGGCGGCACCCCAAAGGCCGCACCCCGAAGGCAGCACCCCAAGACAGUACCCCAAAGGCGGCACCCCGAAGGCAGCACCCCAGACCGCAGCUGGCGUCGCGCUUCGCAGCCUGACCGGAGUGGGCUGCGCCAGCCUGCGUUAGCACCCGACAUCGUCCUGUUUGCGGCUGAGCUGGCCGCGCAGACCUGCUUGAACCCGAGCUGUUCUGGGCGUUCAGAUGAGCGUUACCGGUGGAGACGUCAGCCCCUGCUAGAUCAUAUGACAUCCGAGGAAGAAUUUCACACGGCCGGUGGGCGCCAGGUGGAGAUCCCUUCUGUCUGCGGGAAGCCCGUCGGAACGCGGCUGGCCCGCUUUGCCGCUGGGGUUCCUGGCAGGACAUCUGGGACGGCUCACGGCGGGUGCCUGGCUAGGGGCACGGACCGAGGUGUUCGCCUGGACGCGGCGAUCAAACGGCGUGAUGAAAAUGCACAAAUGAUUCACAUACAUCAGCCUGAAGUAGGAAGGCUGAGCUCUGGACAUCUGGAUUUAGAAGAAUGCCAGUUCGUUGGUCGAAUUAAAGGAUCAAGGACAUUUAUGCUGAAGGUGUUCUUGCCGGUGCUCAUGUACUCGUUGAAGGUGUCUCCACUCAUAGAAAAAAUAAGUGACCACAAGGAUUUUAAGAAGCUUCUCAGGACACGGAAUAACGUACUAGUGCUGUAUUCCAAAUCUGCUGCUGCUGCGGAAAGCUCACUCAGGUUACUGUCCAGCGUGGCCCAGGAGGUGAAAGGACGAGGUACUAUAAGCUGGAUAGACUGCAGUGAUACUGAAAGCCGAAAAUUAUGCAAGAAGAUGAAAGUAGAUCCUAAUUCAAAGGAGAAAGGAGUGGAAUUACUCCAUUAUAAGGACGGUGCAUUUCAUACUGAAUAUAACAGAGCGGUCACAUUGAAGUCAGUAGUGGCCUUUCUCAAGGAUCCAGAAGGUGCUCCACUGUGGGAGGAGGAUCCCGACGCCAAAGAUGUUGUGCAUGUUGACAGUGAAAAGGAAUUGAGAAGGCUUCUGAAGAAGGAAGAUAAACCGCUUCUGAUGAUGUUCUAUGCCCCAUGGUGUGGUGUUUGUAAGAGAAUGAUGCCAUCUUACCAGCAGGCAGCCACAGAACUGAAGGGUAAAUAUGUGCUUGCGGGGAUGAAUGUUUACUCUGCUGAAUUUGAAAGGAUAAAGGAAGAAUACAAUGUCCGGGGAUAUCCUACAAUCUGCUAUUUUGAGAAAGGAAAGUUCCUGUUCCACUUUGAGAACUAUGGUGCUACUGCAGCAGAUAUAGCAGAGUGGCUGAAAAACCCACAGGCACCUCAGCCGCAGGCUCCGGAGACUCCCUGGGCGGACGAAGAAAACGUAGUUUAUCACCUGACUGAUGAGGACUUCGACAGGUUUAUAAAAGAUCAUUCGUCUGUGCUAGUGAUGUUCCAUGCACCAUGGUGUGGGCACUGCAAGAAAAUGAAGCCAGAAUAUGAGAAGGCUGCAGAGUUUCUCCAUGUAGCCAGUGAUAGUCCGGGUGUCCUAGCAGCAGUCGAUGCUACCGUCAACAAGGCGCUGGCAGAAAGAUACCACAUCUCAGGGUUUCCUACUUUGAAGUAUUUUAAGGAUGGAGAGGAGAAAUACACUCUGCCACACCUCAGAACAAAGAAAAAGAUCAUCGACUGGCUGCUAAAUCCUGAAGCACCACCUCCACCUGAGCCUGCAUGGGAAGAAAAACAGACGAGUGUUAUCCACCUUGCUGGAGAAGACUUCAGGGAGUCCUUGAAGAAGAAGAAGCACACCCUUGUCAUGUUCUAUGCACCAUGGUGCCCACACUGUAAAAAUGCCAUUCCACAUUUUACAACCGCUGCUGAAGUCUUUAAAGAAGAUCGAAAGAUCGCCUACGCUGCAGUGGACUGUGCCAAAGAACAGAAUCACGACCUGUGUAAGCAGGAGGGGGUUGAUGGCUACCCCACCUUCAACUAUUACAACUAUGGUAAAUUUGUGGAGAAAUAUACUGGCGAAAGAGGGGAGCCUGGAUUCACCACUUUCAUGCGAACCCUGAGAGAAAGAGACCAUGAAAGAGUAGGAAAGAAGAAGGAUGAAUUGUAGUUUCUGCCUCAAAAGAAGCUUUCCGCUGCACUGUGAAUGGUUCCAGGUCUUUUGUUAAUGCACCUGAGACUUCACAUAUUCUCAAGACAGAGACUUUUUUUAUAAACAGCCAUGGCCAUUUUGUAC